AUGGAGUUCCACCUCGACAACCCCUUCCAAUUUUCCGGCGAAUGCAGCGAGCAAAUCAUCAUCGCCUCCCUCUUCUCCGCCGAGGAUCUCCAUGUCGCAGCCGUCUCCGUCCCCCAUGCCCUCACCCUCCGCCGUGACACCGUCUCCCUGAUACGCCAGUUGACGGAGACUCCGGGCGGCGUCGAUCACUACGUGGCGUACCUCGCCGUCAACUACCUCGAUCGGUUCAUUUCGAAGCACGAAAUCUUGUCGUUUCUUCCAUGGUCGCCGGCCUUCCUCUCCGCGACCUGCCUCUCCAUCGCCGCCAAGAUGCUCGACUUCCGCUUCUCCGUCGCCAAAUUCCAGGAAAUGCGGCCGAUCGAUUUCGAUCCGGCGAACGUCGAUCGGAUGGAGUUCGUGUUAGUGGAGGCUCUUGAUUGGCGAUUGCGAUCCAUCACUGCCUUCGCGUUCCUCGGUUACUUUAUCCGCUUCAUUCAGUCGUAUCCUAUUGAGUUCCUCCGAGAUAUAAGGGAUCGUGCCUCCAGGAAGCUCAUCAGAGCGCAAUACGGUAUGGAUCGAUCGAUCGCCACCGAGGUUUGGGAACAUCAAUCUUGUUCUACAAUGUGUGCCAUCUAUGGUGGUUUUGCUUUUCUUUUGUAA